AUGGCGACAGCUAAUUAUAAGAAAAAACUUACACACAAUGACUACACCGUGGGGCUGAUAUACGUCAAGCCUUUGGAGAUGGAUGCAAUUCUAACCAUGCUUGACGAGGAACACGAAUCACUUCGGUUAAAUGAGGACGAUGACAAUGAAUACACACUUGGAAGGAUUGGGCCCCAUAAUGUCCUGGUGGUUGGACCUCCUAGGGGGGAAGAGGGCAAAGUUGCCGUUUCUACAGUUGUCAACCAAAUAUGUCUUAGUUUUAAGAACAUUAAGAUGGGUUUAUUGGUUGGUAUAGGGGAUGGGGUUCCGAGGAACGGUCAUGAUGUGCGGCUUGGAGAUGUUAUUGUCAGUGCGCCGGAAAAUGGCCCAGCGGUCGUACAAUAUGACCUUGGGAAAUGGAAUACCGAUGACGUCAUUGAAGUUACAAGAACAUUGGGGAAACCUCCACGGCAGCUUCUAAACGUAGCCAAUAAAGUCCGGAGUCAAUAUCUAAUGCUAAUGGAGGGGGAAGAAUCCUUUUUUCACCAGCAUCUCAAACGAUUUGAACUUUUUCCACGCCUAAAGUGCACUUAUUCCCACCCUGAAAUUCCCGAUCUCCUAUUUCCACCUAACUACUUCCAUGAAGAUAGUACAGACUGUGAAUCGAACCACGGCCACCUCCAAGUAUCACGGGAAGAACGUUCACAGGAUAUCGAAAUACAUUACAGUACUAUCCUCUCAGGAGACUCGACCCUGAGCUGUGGUAUGAGAAGAGAUAAGCUUAGCGCACAACACCAUAAUGCACUUUGCUUUGAAACGGCGGCUGCCGGCCUGAUGGACGAUUUCCCCUGUUUGGUGAUACGCGGAAUUAGCAGCUAUGCCGACUCCCACAGAAACGAAGCAUGGGAGGGGUAUGCUGCAGCUACUGCUGCAGCGUAUGCUCGGGAAAUUUUAUGCACUAUGGCGGAAAGGGUAGCCGCAGAACUUAAGCCAUCGGCUGCUGAAAGCCAAAAUUCUAUCGAAGAGAGGUUAAGAGAAGCGGAAGAACGGAUUGAGUUCCUUCGGAUGUUAUCUUUCCCUGGAGGUAACAAUCAAAGGAUCUCGAUAGAAUCUGCACACACCAAUACAUACGAAUGGAUUGAGGAUUGGAAAUCAUCUGACGGCAGGAAGUUGUUGAUCGUAGGAAAGGCGGGCUCAGAGAGUCAGCACUAA